AUGAUGGACUAUAAGGAACAGAGAGAAUGGCUUCAAGAAUACCUGCCCCAAUAUAUGACUGAGCACCUGAAAGACAAGAAUUACUCUCACUUUUGGCCUGUGCUGAAUGCAGAAUGGUUUAAGUGGUUAUGUUUCCUGACAUUCCCACUGAUACUCUUUCAGCAGAGGAAAAUAUUGCAGUGGACAAAGCUAAAAUCAAGUGCAAAGUGCCCGAAGAAGGAAUCAACAGUUUUCAAUGACAUGCUACAGCCAAAAAGACGUGCCAAGUCCAAGGCCGAGAUAUACUCUGAUAUCUACUAUAACAAGCGCAUCAAGCCAUUGGUGAAGGCUGAGGAAGAGGUUGGGAAUUUGCUAGAAGAUGAGGAUGAGGAUGUCAAAGCUCAGGUCCACAAAAUGUACGAGCAGCAGUGGAGAACUCACGAGAAUGCUGCCAAAACAAAUGUUUUAGAUGAUGAUGAGGGUGACUGCAUGCUUGAUGCAGAGGCAAUCACACAGGGUAUAGAUGACUUAUCAAUUAUCUGCCAGUGA